AUGAUCUUCUGUAUAGUCAAAAGAAAGAUAUUCCACGUAGAUAAUUGGGCCUGCAAAGUAUUACUAUUCCCUGUGCAAGAAGAUGUCAGACUCAAUAAAUAUCUAUUUAUCUAUAUCAAUCUAUCUAUCUAUCUAUCAUUAGUAUCUACCUAUCAUUCAUUCAUUACCUAUCUAUGUAUCUAUCUAUCCAUCUGUCAUUCACUUCUAGUAUCUAUCUAUCUAUCUAUCUAUCUACUAUUCAUUCAUUAUCAAUCUAUCAUUCACCUAUCUAUCUAUCUAUCUAUCUAUUCAUUCAUUAUCUAUCAUUCACUUAUCUAUCAUUCACUUAGUAUCUAUCUAUCUAUCUAUCUAUCUAUUAUUCAUUCAUUACCAAUCUAUCAUUCACCUAUCUAUCUAUCUAUCUAUCUAUCUAUUAUUCAUUCAUUAUCUAUCUAUCUAUCUAUCUAUCUAUCUAUCUAUUCAUUCAUUAUCUAUCAUUCACCUAUCUAUCUAUCUAUCUAUCUAUCUACUAUUCAUUCAUUAUCUAUCAUUCACCUAUCUAUCUAUCUAUCUAUCUAUCUAUCUAUCUAUCUAUCAUUAUCUAUCAUUCACCUAUCUAUCUAUCUAUCUAUCUAUCUAUCUAUCUAUCUGUCUAUCACUUAUUAUCUAUCUAUCUAUGCGAAUUUCCUGUAUUUUAACCCUCGCCCACACCAAGCCAAAAUCGUAUUAUACUUAUGA